ACCUGUGUACUGUCACACAGUCGACCGCACACUCAUACUCGUACAUGUGUGAGGAAGGUAAAAGCUGUGCGAAGUUAAUGGCAAGGUAAAGCCGAGCCUCGCAGUGCGCCGCGUAAUUCGACGGCGAGGAGCUGCGCGUCGAACUCGGGAAUUUGACUUCCGCUUUACGUUCACGCACCAUUAAGGAUACACGAUCGGAACGAUCAUUCUUCAUCUGUAUUACGUGUGUGCGAUUUGUAAAACAAAAUUUAAAAUCGAGAAACCACGUUCUCGCAUAUACAACGUAAAUGGUAUGAAAUCAUUAUUUUGACGUUGUCGUUAAAUUAAUUAAAAUUAUUAAGUAGAUUUUUAUGUUUCCGAUUCGAUAAUCGAUUCGAUAGAUAAACGGAAAUCGCUACUUAUCGCCUGUGUUCAUCGGGUGGAAAAGUACUAUACAUUUGUGACGUCAGGCUGCUGAGUAACAGAAGACAACAGAAUAUUUUCCAUCACGUGAAUUUUCACGAAACACGUCAUUAAUGAGAUAUAAAUUAUAAUAUAUAUUAUAAAACGCGUAAUUUCUGAUUGAUGAAAUUUUGAGAAGAGUGAUACAUUUUUAAUUUAUUUCACCUCACCAUAAAUCAAUGUAAAGGUGUUGGUGCGAAUCAAUGAGGAAGAAAAUUUAGCGAGAAAUAUAUAUAUGAUAUGUUCGCAGCGCGCGAAUAAUUCUGAUAUCCGCGAUUUGUAAGAUCACGAAAUUGAUAAAAUACGCCAUGAAGUGGAAGAAAGGACCGUGUGAAUUUCUGUCGGAGAAAACGUUUCUCAUACUAAAAGAUGACUUGAAAAUUUUGAAAGGUGCGACUAAGAGGACGGAUGACAAAAGGACGACGCCAAGAAAUGCGGCCAGCAACACCGGCACCUGGCCGCCGAAGAUGAAACGGACGGACGGGUUCCGCGCGGAAGAGCCGGAGCGGCCGAAGACGGCGAAUCUCGCGCGGCCGAGCGUCCUGGAUCCCGCGCUCGUGGACAAGCUGGAUAUGUCGCUGCUGAGCAAGGAGCUGCUGUGCGACUCGAUGACGCGGUUCCAUCAGUCUACCCGGAACGUGAGCAAGUCGAGCGGCGGAGACACCACGACAUCCGCAUCGUCGUUGUUGCUGGUGUCGUCAUCGCCAUCGGCGACACGACGACGACGCCGCCGAAGCGCAGCCGUCCCCGCCACGUCCACCUCUUCGUGGUCGUCCCGCGAAGACGCUCCAGUGACGCACCGCCAGCGACGGAGUUUCGAGCAGAUCCGCGGCCCGCGGACCGCGACGAUGACAGAUCGUCAGAUGGAGGAGAUCGAUCGAUCGCGAUCGCCCACCGGAGGUCAGAAGAUCACGUCACCCGCAGGACCCGCGACACGGAACCUUGAUGUCCGGAAACUCGACGAUAAUAAUAAUAGAAAUGGUCCUCCCAAAGUGCUGUCCUCGGUGAAGAAGAGGAACUCGCGGGCGGGUUUGCCGAGCGAUCUGGAGAUAUUCACCGCUGCGGCGUCGUCGACGAGGAGCGCUCCGGAGCCGUGCAAGACCUGCGGACGUCCGGAUCAGCCGGAGCGAUUUCACAGUCAUCCGAAGGGCAGUCAGACCAAGAUCAAGGACAUCCCGACGUCGACGAUGAAGCCGAAGCCCGCGGUGCCGCCGGUGCCCAAGUCGAUCCAGAAGCCGGUGGCGUUGAACUUCCGCAGCGACCGGAACAGGAACAGAUCGGACGAGACAAGGCCGGUCGCUUCUCAGGAUCCUUCUGCCCAGGACUCGGGUCGGCAGGUCAGGUCGUCGUCCGCGAAACGGGGCCCCAAGACGAUCACGUGCUACAUUUGUGGCCGGGAAUUCGGCACCGCCAGUUUCCCCAUUCACGAACCUAAGUGCAUGGAGAAGUGGGAUCGCGAGAAUAAUUUGCUGCCUCCGUCUCAAAGACGACCUAGACCGCAAAGACCUGGGGUCGGAGUCGAACACAGCGAUUGGAACGCGGCCGCCUGGGAACAGAGUCAGGAGCAAUUAAUUCCAUGCGCAAAGUGCGGAAGGACAUUUUUGCCGGAACGACUGCCGGUCCACGAGAGAAGCUGUAAGGCUACACCGAAGAAUAACGAACGACUGUCCACGCCGUCGAACGGGCGCAAUGUGCCGCCAACAGUUGCCUGUCAGAUUUGCGGACGAAAUUUCGGCACCAGAAGCAUCAAAAUCCAUGAGCCUCAGUGCAGUAGACGAUGGCAGAUGCAGAAUAAUUCCGCAGAAAGCGAGCAAAAAGAUCACUUGACCGUCCAUAGACAAAAAUCGGCCGGAAACCAGGGAGCUUCGUCGACGUAUCCGGAUUUAACGCAAAAGAAGACCGUCACGUGUUACAUUUGCGGUAGAGAUUUCGGGUCCUCCAGUAUCGCCAUUCACGAGCCGCAGUGCUUGAAGAAAUGGCACGCCGAGAAUGACAAAUUGUCGCCGAGCCGAAGAAGAAAGGAGCCGCAAAAACCUGACGUCAUAUACAUACAUUCCCGGACGGGAAAUAUGAUGGUUGAUCAGGCGGCGACGACGGAGGCCAACUGGAUGACACAUUUGAGCCAGCUGGUACCGUGUAAGCAUUGUGGAAGAACCUUUAAUCCGGACCGCGUGAAUAUUCACGAGAACAGCUGCAAAGGAAAUCGUUGAGGCUUCAUUACACUGCGAUUUUUGCUCUUUCUUUAAUUUUAGAGAUUGAUUUUCCGGGUGGACAUAAAUAGUCUAACUAUGAACAAAGUGGUAGAGCAUAUAAUAACAAUUAAAUCGCUAUAAUCUUUUUUUCUAUAGAAGUGAUUCUCAUAAUCUGUGUGUUUUUAUAUGAAGACUAAAUAUUGUAAAAUAUUUUAGUUCGCGACUUUUCUAACAGUUUAACUUUUACUUCUAUUUAAGUUUGCAUUAUGUACGUAUAAUAAUUUGAAUUAGUGAUGCGUUUAAACUUUGUCAAAGUGAUCUCUAGCUAACAAUAAGAGACUCAGAUAUAUAUGCAACAUUUAUUGACGUGCACUUUGCACGUGGACACGAAUGUUAUUAGACAGUCAAUAAGUCGUGUUGUAAUUAAGCAUGUUAACGCACGUUAUAUUUCUCAGACAUGGAAAGUGAAUUAUCUCUACAUAAUUUAUAAUUACGAGUAAUUUAUGAAUCGCCAGGGAAAUAAAAAUAUAAAAUGUGUUAAUAAACCGACCACAACUGGCAAU